AUGGAACACGUUCCUAGCGUAAAAGAAGUAUAAGGAGGAGGAGAAUUUCUGCCUUGAAGUCUAUCGCGUGAAUUCUCCACUUUGGCGCAGCACCAUAAAAUGGAGGUGACCGAGAGCGAUUUUCGAGAAAUAAGUGGGCGACGGCUGCUCCUCAGCCUUAGCCAGUUUGGGGAGGCCAUUGUGAACGAGUUAGGACUGAGAGAUGACUAUUAUGAAAGGGAUGAGGAUGACGAUCAUGAAACAGACUUUCACGAUGAAGUGGAAGCUAUGGAGGAGGACCGGGAAGAGGGCUCUGCGGAUGUGGUUUCCAGCCCAGCGUCGUGCAGCUUCCUAUUUCCCGGCAGGUCCUUCACUGGACAGCAGCGAUUAUCUAGCCCGCAUCGACAGCAGGAGGACUGGGCCGUCACCGCGACAAUCUACAGCUGCGACCUCUCCCGCGGGCGUGUUACAGGAAGCAUGGUAGCGCAGAACAGCCCGCUUGCAAAGCGGCCGAUUGUCACAUAUUUUGAGGGGGAGAUCAUCGACAACAUCAACCACAUCUUCUGGACGGGCAACAAGUGGGGCGCCUGCCCCAGCCGGGAGACCGACUUGCGCUACUGGUCUCGCUGCCCGGGGUUCACCAGCGCGCUGCGGGCGGCGGUGCAGCAGCACCACGGCAGGGCGCCGCAGCUGGGCACCUGCCCCCACGUGUUCAUGCGGUGGAAGGAGUGCUUCUUCGUGGACGUGCCCCAGGACUGCCCCCUCACCAUCACGGGCUACUACUAUCUGUCCUUGGACCGCCAGUCGGGAUCCAUCGGGGGCUACUACCACGACGCGAGAUCAGCGCCCUUGCAGGUGUUGCAGCUACAGCCCC